CUUGAGACUAGAGACUAGUACGAUUCUGACUAGCUUGAUUCGAAGAAACCCUCUGCCAACUUCUCCAAAAUGAACUCCUGAACUCCCUCCAGGUGGGCCUGCGCUUGUACACCCUACAAGUUAAAAUAUCUGUGCCCUGGGAGGUGCAUUGUUUUCGACAGCUACCUACUCAAUUCCCCUUCGUCUUCUACGCUUCUUUAGCAAUCCAGCUGCACCAGAUGUGGCAGCGCGCCAUUCCAGCAUUGAGUCUGCUUUAACUUUGGCGAUGCUGAGCGCAUACGCAUGAGCAGUGGUCGGAAAGUCGGAAAGGUGAACAGGACAUUUUGUCAAAGUCUUUCCCAAGUUUUUUCUGUAGUGUUGGUAAGACAGGCCGCAUUGUUCUUCACUUUGUUCCCAGGUAGUUGUGUGUGCUGUUGACCACACCACUACUCAUCGAGCAGUACCUUGCGUCAGGUGAUGCCCCACCGCUGCAGCUGACACUGCUGGCCCUUGCCAUGGCUGCCUCGGAGCCUGCUCAGGAUGCUUCCGCAGCGCCGCAGGACGGUGGGCAGUUGCUGUCGCGUGUCUGUGUGUACUGCGGGUCCAAGCCUGGUGCGCGCAGCAGCUAUCGAGAAGCAGCGGUGGAGCUGGGGCAGGAAAUGGUGCGGCGAGGUAUUCAGCUAGUGUAUGGGGGCGGAGAUGUGGGGCUCAUGGGCGCCAUCAGCAAGACCGUGGCGGAGGCAGGAGGACAGGUCAUCGGCGUCAUUCCGGAGGCGCUGAAGCCGCGUGAGAUCAGUGGUGACGGCAGUGGGUACGGGGAGCAGCGUGUGGUCGGCGACAUGCACGAGCGCAAGGCCGAGAUGGCGGCACUCGCCGACGCCUUCAUUGCGAUGCCGGGGGGGUACGGCACGCUGGAGGAGCUGCUCGAGAUGGUCACCUGGGCGCAGCUCGGCAUCCACAGCAAGCCGGUGGGCGUGCUGAACGUGGCCGGCUUCUACGACGGCCUCCUCGCGUUCUUCGACACCGCCGUCGCUGAGGGCUUUGUCACCUCCGUCAACCGGGACAUCGUCAUCGCGGCGCCCACCGCCGCAGAGCUGCUCGACAAGCUGCAGGCACACACCCCGAAGCCGGGGCUGACGGCUCCCAGCAGCUGGUCCAAGCUGGGCUACGACAGGCAGUGACAGGGUACGACAGGGGGCACGUCUGCUAGGGGCCGAAGAUGCACACUACCAUCGCUAUUCACUUCUGGGUUCGAUCUUACAACAGAUUCGCUGUUGAGCACUUAUUUUCAUUGGAGCUUCCGAAGAAAGUGAGUCCGACCUCUUGCACGCAAGCACGCUGGCAAUGAUGGUUGCCAGCUGAUCUUCAGGACAUUUGAGUUGAGGACUUCACACUUGCAGUUUCGAUGGGGCCAGCGGCGGUAAGCGCAGCUUUGUUGCUCCGUACUCAGGUUGAGUUGGCUAAUCAAACGACCCCGCGCGUGCCAGGGACAUGUGACGGUCCCUCAUCGCGUGCCUCGAUCUGCUCACAGUAGGCUCGUGCCGGCAGAAUUGAUGAAUAUUUCAAGAUUCAACUCAGUCGGAUUAUGUUUAGCAGCUGUAGCAGUAGAUACUAAAUGGACGCCAAUCGUGCCGCGGCCGAAGUUGGACCGUGCCGUGCUAGCUACCGCGCACUCAUGCAACUCACUCAAGUUACGACGGUUCACCUUAUGAUGCAUGUUGCCAGGG